UGGCUCAUCUGGCUCACACUGGGCCUGCUUCUGAUCUGCGUAGCGGGCUGCGUAGCGACCGGCGCCGGCGUCGUCAAGCGCGUUCUGCGCUCGCUGCGCCCCGCGCCCGUAGCGGGGUGCCCGCCGACACACGGCUGGGGAAAUAAUCAGCUUCCACUAAGAAGAGGACAGAUGGAAGAGAGUCCGCUUUACGUCAUGAAAGAUGUAGAAGUCGACGAAUGGGAAGUGUCCCGCUCCCGUGUCCAUCUGGGCGUUCUUAUAGGAAGCGGGGCCUUCGGGCGCGUCCACGUCGCUCAGCUAGCUGCCCCGGGUGGGGAGACCAUCACUGUAGCAGCCAAGAUGCUCACAGAAAACGCAUCAGACGAAGAAACUCAAGACUUCCUCCGCGAAAUCGAAAUGCUCAAACACGUCGGCUACCACAAGCACGUCAUCCGGUUGGUCGCGUGCUGCACCAAGCAGACGCCGCUCCUCGCGCUGCUCGAACACGCGCCUAGGGGAGAUCUGCUCAGUCUGCUGCGAGCGGCGAGAGGGAGGAGGAACGAACCGAAGGAGAGGCGACUAUCAGCGGGCGAAUCGGAAUACACCAACUUGAGCGACUCCGACCCGCCCCUGGAGAAGACAAGCUUCUGCGGGGAACAACGACAAAGGCACUACGUAGCCGAACCAGCCCUGCAUCUAGACAGCGCCACGAUGCGCGACUACGCGCUGCAAGUUGCGCUGGGCAUGCGGCAUCUAGAGGAACGCGGGAUCACGCACAGGGACCUCGCAGCCCGGAACAUUCUGGUUGACGGCGCAGGGACCCUCAAAGUAGCCGACUUUGGACUCUCACGUUCUGGCGUGUACGUUCACACCAGGGCGCGACCAGUGCCGCUGAGAUGGCUGGCACCAGAAGCAAUAUUACACGCUCAAUACUGCAGUGCGAGCGACGUUUGGGCUUUCGCUGUGUUAUUAUGGGAGAUUGCUACUUUAGGCGGCUUCCCAUACGCAGAGCUAAGCAACCACCAAGUCCCGCCCUUCCUCGCAGCGGGCAGCCGUCUCCCGAAGCCGGCCCGCGCCUCCCCGCGCCUCUACCAGCUCAUGGUGCAAUGCUGGGCGCCCUCCCCCGCCGAGCGACCUAGCUUCGCCCAGAUCGUCCGCCAGCUGGACGACCAGAAGCAACUGUACGUGGACCUGUCGGACUUGGACUUGGACCCGCCGCCGGACUACGACAGCGAUUAUGACUUUGAAUGCGAGAGGUGACAGGUGUAAAGACCGAGUUAGAUUUUUAUAUUUUAAUGUGCACUGUUAAUAUAUUUUCUAUGUGUAAAGGUGUUUCCUUC